AUGUCUUCCAACGGCUUCAGUUCUUACACUGUCCCCUACUCGGGCGUGGUGGGCACAGCCAACUUUGUCCCAGGCGCCGCCACUCACCCUCCUGCGCCCCAGGACAAGCGUACCCAGGGAAUCUUCCGCCUGCCUGUAGUUGCCGGUGAACCUGCCACUGCCAGCACUGCUCGCAGCAAGGGUGAGUCGAAGGCUAUGGGUGCAGCAGCUGGCGACCCCUUCCAGGACGCGAUCCCUGCUCGAUUCGCGUCAGCCGGUGUCUCUGCUGCAAGCGGCGGCAUCGCUAUUGUCACAGGUGGCCUUGGUGCAGGAGGAUUUCCAUCCCCUUCCGAGAUCUGCGCUGCCAGUGGUCUCGGUCAGGUGAGUGGCCAGAAGAAGGAACAUCCCAAGGGUGUUGGCUUGAACAACAAAGACCAAUUUCGUUUUGGCACUGACGGCCAGUAUGACGACGAGGGCAUGCCUCCGUCGCCCACCUUGAUGACAAUGAGUGCCCAGCGCCAUUCUGACCGGGCUCUGCCUGUGAUUGCUCGAGAGCUCAAGGCCGUCAAAGAAGAGAACCAGCGUCUCCGUGAUGCCAACCUCCGCCUGCAGUCCAGGGUCAUCAGCAACGACAUCUCAGGCCACCUCGUUGCAAGCCUGCAAUCCACCAACAAGCAGCUUGAGACCCAGACGGAGAGCCUUUACAAGCAGAUGGCCGACAUUCAGCAGCAGGCCCAGCGCUUUCUCCGCCACCGCAACCGCCUCAGGUCCCGGCUCAUCAACACCGAAGACAGCCUGAUGGAACUGGUCGAUCUGAUCGUCCGUCUGGAGAACAUCAUCAGCAGAAUCGACCCCGACAUCUUUGUCACGUUUCCAUACGAGGUCCAGCGGCUGCUGACGUCCAUCCACGAGGAGUGGAAGUAUCAGGAGUACUGCAAGUGCUUCAAGCCUGAGGAGCUGGAGGACGAUGCCUCUUCCGUCAGCACCAUCAUCGAGCCCCAGAAUGCCGUUCUGGAUGACUCUCUCAGCCUCAUCAUCGGCUCUUCCUACGAGACCGCCAUCCUCUCCUCCGCUACUUCAGGAGAUGCCUCUUACAAUCGUGUCAAGAAUGGCCCCUCCAAGCCCGAUGAUGUUGCUGCCAAUACUUCCAAGGACGACUCUGUCAAUCCUCCCGGUGGCAUCGACGAUGACAUCUCCAACGCCGAACUCCUCAGACAGUUGUUCCAGGACCACACUAUUGGCGGUCUUGGCACCAAGGGCUCUGGCCAGCAGACCCCCCGGCGCGUUCGCCCUUCCGAGAACCUCCUCGAUUUCUCUUCCCCCGGGACCCCGUCCAGCAUUGGCACCCCCCGAACCGUCUACUCCAGUUCUCCUGAGAACGGUCAAGGAACUCACGUCACUUAUGGUCUUCAGACCUCCCAAUCUGCACACAACGCUCAGAAUGAACAGGGUGCUGAGUCUGCCGAGGUCGCUGAUUCCUUUGACUCUCUCGGAAUCCACAACAACAUUCACAAGCACUAA